AUGAAUCAGUUGAUAGUCAAUCAAUUAACAGUUCUCCUCUGGAAAAAUUUUACAUUAAAGAAGAGGCAGAUCAUUAAUACAUCAGCAGAAGUCUUGGCAGCUUUGCUGUUUGUAAUAAUGUUGUUGAUAUUCCGUGCAAUUACUGAUUUGAAUAUUGUUGGACCGUAUCAUUUCACUCCUCAACCCAUUGCUACCAUGCCUUCUUUCAUCAAAGAUGCCCAGGAGUGGGAAUUGAUUUACAUACCUUCUGAUAUUGAUGUGGUAAGAGAAAUUAUUGAGGAUGUGAAGAGGAUUCUCAACACCAGUAUAAAAGUUCGAGGUUUUCCUUCAGAAGCUGAGUUUGAGGAGUACAUUCUCUUUGAUUACAUGUCUCAGAAAGUACUGGCUGCCAUUGUUUUUGACUGUGACUUCAAAAACAAAAGUGAUCCUCUGCCACUUCAGGUAAAAUAUCACUUGCGUUUUGUUGGUGCACAGAGGACCAUCUGGUGGCCAGACAAGAUAGGCUGGAAAACGAGACUUCUCUUUCCUAAUCAUCCUUCUAUACGACCCAGGAAUCCAAAUUAUCUUGAUGGAGGAAGUCCUGGGUAUAUUAAGGAAGGAUUCCUGGCAGUGCAGCAUGCUUUGGACAAGAGCAUCAUGCUGUAUCAUGAAAGCAGUGCUGGGAAAAAGCUGUUUGAUGAAAUUGACACUGUGAUACAGAGGUUUCCGUACCCAAGUCAUCCUCAGGAUAAACUACUUUGGAUUUCCAGUCCUUUCAUCCCAUUAAUGUUCAUACUCAUGUUCUCUUCCAUUGUCCUUUCCAUCAUGCGAUCCAUUGUGUUUGAAAAGGAAAAAAGAUUAAAGGAGUACCAGCUUAUAAUGGGGCUUAGAAAUUGGAUCAUCUGGAUUGGUUAUUUCUUCACAUUCUUUCCAUUAUAUGUCAUCAUUAUCCUUUUGAUAUGCAUAUUACUCUUUAUUGUAGAGGAGCCAAUCUUGCGCUACAGUGACUGUAGUUUCAUCUUUGUCUUUCUUACAUGUUAUGCCAUCGCAUCCAUAUGCUUUGCCUUUAUGGUUAGCACAUUCUUCAGUAAAACUCGUUUGGCUGCUUCUGCUGGAAACCUCCUAUUUUUUGCCAGUUUCUUUCCCUAUAAUUUCAUCUCUGAAUACUAUGGAAUGUUGAACCUUACUACCAAGAUAACUGCCUGUCUGAGUGCAAAUGUUGCUUUGGCACUGGGGAUUAAUAUUUUAAUCAAGUUGGAAAUACAAGAGAUUGGUGUUAAAUGGCACAACCUUUGGACACCAGCCAACCUUGAGGAUAACCUCAACUUCGGCUAUAUGCUUGGAAUGCUUUUGUUUGAUGCUUUCUUAUAUAGCCUGGUUACCUGGUAUGUAGAAGCCGUCUUCCCUGGCCAGUGCGGUGUGCCUCAACCAUGGUACUUUUUCCUCAUGCGCUCAUAUUGGUUUGGCAAACCAAAAGUUAGAAAGACUGCAGAAGAGACAAAGUGCCCCCCCAUAGUACAUAACUGCUAUGAGGCUGAACCUCCCAACUUGGAGGCAGGAAUCCAUAUCAAGCAUUUGCACAAGUUUAUCAAUAGUAAACAGAAAGGGGGAAAUGUAGACCCUAGGGGCAUGAAUGGCCAGACACUUCUCCCAGACUACUCUAAUGGCCAGGCCAACCACGUCGAGAUUUUAUUCCAUGUCUCCUAUGUAAUUCUAGGUCGUUUUUCUGCUACCAGAGGAGAGGCCUAUAUUAAUGGAUAUAAUAUUUCAGAUAACAUGAUUGAAAUUAGAAAAGACUUGGGUUUCUGCCCUCAACACGACCUGUUGUUUGAUGAUUUGACAUUAUCAGAACACCUUUUUUUCUACUGUAUGGUAAAAGGAAUACCUCAAAACAUAAACUGUGAGGAAAUUGACCAUAUGCUGUCAACUUUUAACCUACAAGAAAACUACCAUACAUUAUCAGGUUCAGUGAGUGGAGGAGUGAGGCGCAAACUCUCCAUCAUUUUAGCACUUAUGGCAGGCUCCAAGGUAGUAAUACUUGAUGAACCAUCAUCUGGCAUGGAUCCAGUGUCAAGAAGGGCCACCUGGGAUAUCCUUCAGCAUUAUAAACACAAUCGCACCAUUUUACUAACCACCCACUACAUGGAUGAAGCUGACGUCCUGGGUGACCGAGUUGCCAUCAUGGUCAGGGGCACCUUGCACUGCUGUGGCUCUUCAGUAUUCCUGAAACAAAUAUAUGGUGCUGGAUAUCACAUAGUCAUGGAGAAGGAACAGUAUUGUGAUGUUGAUAAUAUCAUUGCAAUGAUUCAGCAGCAUGUUCCAGGUGCUAUGUUGGAAAAUGAUAUAGAAAAUGAAUUAUCAUUUAUCCUACCCAAAAAGUAUGUAUCAAGAUUUGAAACUUUGUUUACAGAGUUGGAAAUGAGAAAAAAAGCACUAGGCAUUGCCAGCUUUGGAGCUUCGAUCACUACAAUGGAAGAGGUUUUCGUUAAGGUCAAUAAGCUGGCAACUCCUCAAAAGAGUAUUCAGACUAUCCAACCAUAUUACUUGGCAUACAGAAAGAUGAGAAAAGAUGAGCAGCAGAAUGUGAAUAUGUCCAUAAAUUAUAGCAAACCAAAUUUUCCCUAUUUGAGUGAAAUUGCUACUGUUAAAUUUAACACUGGGGUUCCACUUUACCGCCAGCAAUUUUAUUCCAUGUUUAUAAAAAGAGCACUAUUCAUUACCCGCAACUGGAAGUUCAUGCUGCUACAGAUAAUAGUAGUUUUGGUUGUCACUACAUACCUCUUAUUAGCUCUGCAUUUAGAUAGUAAUGAUAUGCCUGAAAGGGAACUGAAUUUGAGUCACUAUGGUAGAACCAUUGUACCUUACUCAAUUUCAGGGACUUCUGAUUUGGCUCUGAAUCUCACAAAAAACCUGAAAAUUUUGCUAAAGUCAAAAAAUCAAAGCUUAAGAAAAAUAAGAGGUGAUAUGAAUGAUUACAUAUUAAAAAGUAAAGAUUGCCAUACCUUCUGCCUUGUUGCACUUUCUAUUAAAGUUGAGAGAAACAGAACAGUGCUCACUAUCUUCUUCAAUAACGAAGCAUACCACUCACCUGCGAUAUCUCUGUCAAUAUUAGACAGCAUCCUGUUUAUGACACUCUCUGGCCCUGAUGCUUCCAUUACUGUCUUCAAUAAGCCUCAACCUCUCCCUCAUUAUGGUUCGAACAUAGUGCCUAUAAAUGGAUUACAAGUAGUACAGUGUUUAGCUUUUGGCAUUUCUGUGGUGGUCGGGUCCUUUAGUAUCCAGACAGUAACUGAAAGAAUCAGUCAAGCAAAACACAUCCAGUUUCUGACUGGAGUCUGUGUGCAUACUUACUGGCUCUCUGCCUUGUUGUGUGACCUCAUCUUCUUCUUCUUUGCCUGCUGUGUACUACUGGGCAUAUUCAAAUUCUGCCAGCUGGAGGCAUUUGUUGUGCAUUACAACUUCCUGGACACAAUUCUGAUUUUUAUGCUUUUUGGCUGGUGUGUUGUUCCUCUCACUUAUCUUGGAAGCUUUCUGUUCAAUAGUAGCACUGCUGCCUACAUCAAACUCACGCUUUUUAACUACUUCUCAACUAUGUUCAGUAUUAUCAUUUACACCAUCAUACAAUUUUAUGGUAGUGACUUUCCUAACUUUGUCCACAUCCUCAUAAGGGCAAUUUUAAUGGCACUGCCUAGUUACAAUCUUGCAAUGAGUAUCAGCAAGUAUUUUGAUGACUACGAAGUGAAAAGAUUGUGUGCUCGGGAAUUCAGAAGCAUUUACGUGGAUUGCAGUGACCCAUACACUCAAAACAACGUGUAUGGCUUUGGAGAGCAUGGGAUUGGGAAGUUUCUAAUCACACUGGCUACCAUGGGCUUGGUUUUUCUCCUAUUGCUUUUAUCCCUGGAGUCUGUUUCCUGUAGUCUGAAGAGCUUUGUCUUUCGAAAAAUUAUCUUUUACUUCUACAAUAAGUUCAGAAAAGGCAGGAAUGCUACAGUAUCUAAUCAGAGAACCAAAGAAGAUGAAGAUGAAGACAUAAAAAAAGAAAAAGGAAAAGUCUUUCCACUGCUGCUCAGGUUACAGAGCACCCCAUUGGUCCUUAAUGAAGUUACAAAGAUUUAUUUUAAGUGUCCUGUUGUCAAGGCUGUGAAAAAUAUCUCCCUUGUAGUCAAGAAGUCGGAGUGCUUUGGAUUGCUUGGAUUAAACGGAGCAGGAAAAACUACUACAUUCAAAAUGCUGACCGGAGAAGAGACUAUCACCUCCGGAACUGCGUUUGUUGAUGGCAAUAGUGUCACUGGAACCCCAAGAAAGAUUAGGUCAAGAAUUGGUUACUGUCCUCAGUCUGAAUCUGUGCUGAACCACAUGACAGGCCGGGAAUCGUUGGUCAUGUACGCUAGGUUGUGGGGGGUCCUAGAGCAAGACAUUAAUGAGUAUGUGGAAGCCUUUCUGCAUUCAGUGCACCUGGAACCCAUUGCUGACCAGUUUAUCCACACGUACAGUGCUGGAAGCAAACGUAGGCUAAGCACCGCUAUUGCCCUAAUGGGAAAGUCUUCAGUUGUCUUCCUGGAUGAACCAUCUACUGGCAUGGACCCAGUAGCUCAACAUCUGCUCUGGGAAACAAUUACAUGGGUCUGUAAGGCUGGUAAAGCUAUCAUCAUAACUUCCCACAGAAUGGAAGAAUGUGAGGCCCUCUGUUCUAGGCUGGCCAUCAUGGUGAAAGGGGGGUUUACAUGCCUAGGCACCCCCCAGCACGUCAGAAAGAGGUUUGGUCAUGUAUACACUCUAACAGUAAGAAUCAAUAUUGCUAAGGAUGAAGAUAAAGUAGAAGAGUUCAAAAAUUUCAUUAAAGUAACUUUCCCAGGUAACAUCAAAUUCCAGGAAUUUCAUGGGACUAUUGGCUACUAUAUUCCAAGCAAGGAAAUCUACUGGGGAAAGGUAUUUGAAAUUUUGGAGGAAGCUAAAGUGCUGUUCAAGUUAGAAGACUAUUCUGUCAAACGAGUAACUCUUGAACAAAUCUUUCUGACCUUCGCUAAUACUGAUAAAAUGAGAACUUAUCAGGAAAUAAAGCUGCAGUAA